AUAAGCUAUAGUAAGAUUUUUUAUUGUUUUUAAAAAAAAGCAAAUGUAAUGAUUUCUAUUGAAUGAUGUAGUGUAGUUCUGUAGCUUUACUGUGGCUAAACUGACAUAACAUUUACCGCUCACUACCUGUCUGAAACCAGUUAGUCUGGAUUUCUGCACUGCUGUGAUGAUUUAGAUACAAACACUUUGCUCUCUCAGUCACACUUUAUGCAGUCAAGGCUGCAAGAACUCGUACUAAAAUAUGCCUGAAUACAGACUUUAUCCACUCGACCUCAGUGAAGAGCUUGGGACCAUUCACAGGCACUUUUAAAACAGAAGUAGGAAAAAUGGAAGCCAAUCUUGAGGAGACUGAGAUCAGGGUCAUACUCAUAGGGAGUAGAUGGGCUGGCAAGAGUUCAUCUGGUAACACCAUUCUGAGAAAGGAGAGAUUUGAGUGUGGCCGAACAAGAACAGCUCAGUCUGAAGUGAGACAUGGAUUGGUGGACGGCAGGAAGCUCACUGUGAUUGAUGCUCCCGGUUGGAGCGGCUCCCUCUCCCUUGCUGAGAUCCCAGAGGGGGACAAGCAAAGGUUUAAACUCAAUGCAUCCAAGUGUCCGCCUGGACCAAAUGCUUUUCUCCUCGUUAUUCCAAUAGACUCGGCUUUCUCUGUGGAGCAGAAGACGAGUGUGGAGGAACACAUGAAGCUCUUAGGUGAACGGGUUUGGCGAUACACGAUGGUGCUGUUCACCUGCGGGGAUUACCUCGGGGAAAAGACAAUAGAAGAACACAUUGAAAGUGAAGGACAGGCACUCAAGUGGUUAAUAGAAAAGUGUUUGAAUAGGUACCAUGUAUUUAAUAACAAGGACAAGAUUAACUUAUCUCAGGUCACAAAGUUGCUGCAAAAGAUCGAAGAGAUGGUGUGGUACAAUGGUGGCAGUUACUACAACGUAGAAGAGCACAUUUUCCAAGUCAUCAAAGAGAAGCAAAAGGAGGUAGCUGAGAGAGCAGAAGAGAGAAGGAAGAAGGCCGAGGACCAAAGACAACACAUGAAAACACUCAUUCCAGAAGAGAUGAAACAUAUCCCAAAACUCCAGAUGAUUCUUCUGGGAAGCCGUAAUGUUGGGAAAACCUCUGUAGGGAACACCAUCUUGGGGUACAAAGACCAGGAAGAUGGAAAAAGAACGCCAAAGUCUGUUGCCUGCCGGGGUUUUGUGGCUAAAACUGAAAUCAUUCUUGUUGACACACCAGGCUGGUGGAAAGGCUUCCCUGUGUUCGACACUCCUGAAGCGAUCAAAGAUGAACUGAUGCGCAGCAUGUUUUUGUGCCCUCCUGGGCCCCAUGUCUUCCUCUUGGUGAUAGAUGCAGAUGCAUCAUUUAAUGCCAAACACUUAGAUGCUGUGACAUCACAUGUGGAGCUUCUUGGUGAUGGAGUGUGGAGACACACUAUUAUAGUUUUUACCAGGGGAGACUGGCUGGGAACAAACAGCAUAGAGCAGUACAUCGAAGGAGAGGGGGAGGCCCUACAGUCUCUAGUUGAACAAUGUGGAAAUAGAUAUCAUGUAGUUGAUCAUAAGAAUGCAAGUGAUGGUACACAAAUCUCAGAGCUGCUGGAGAAAAUCACUGAGACUGUGGCAGCAAAUGGGUGGAGCUACUUUGUUCCAGACCAGCAGAUAUUUCAGACCCUCGAAGAGAGAAGAAGGAAGGUGAAAGAAGGAGCAAUGCUGAGGCAAAGUCAAGUCAAGGCCACACGAGAAUCCCUUGGAGCUGUUUUCUUCUCAGUUUCCAGUAAUAAGCUGCAGGAACUGAGAAUAAUACUGCUUGGUCAGAAGACUGUUGGAAAGAGUGCAACAGGAAAUACUCUCCUGCAUAAAGAAGUCUUUGCAUCUAGUCGGAAUGAACAAUGUCAAAUGCAAGAUGGGGAGGUUUCGGGCCGACGAGUCACAGUGAUUGACACCCCGGGCUGGUGGCAGGACUCCUCAUGCUGCACAGAUGAGAUAGACAAAGAAAUUGCCCGAGGUUUUUCACUGAGCCCAGCAGGAGUUCAUGUUAUUCUGCUGGUCAUUCCUUUGGACCUGACAUUCAGAGAUUAUCAACGAGUCACUCUGGAGAAUCACAUGAACCUUUUUCAUGCCACUGUAUGGAAACACGCAAUGGUUCUGUUCACAUAUGGAGACAAACUAGCAGAUAAAUCUUUGGAGGAGCACAUUGAAAGGGAGCAUAGUGCCCUGCGCUGGGUGAUUGAGAAGUGUGAGAACAGGUACCAUGCCAUUAACAAUCUGAAAAAAAUGGAUAUGAAUCAGGUGACAGAGCUGUUUGAGAAGAUAGAGGAAAUAGUAGCAGGAAACAGUGGCAAGCUCUUUUGUCCAAACAUGAAUGAAAUGCACCUGAGAAUCGAAGAGACGUUCAAGCAGAAGCAACUGAAACAUGUGCUGAAGCAAAGACUAGUGCGGGAGUACGGGAGGAGAGAGCUGGAGCUAAUGAAAGAGUUCAAGGAAACACUCCAUGAGCUACAAAAUGACAUUAGGGGAGGUGCGACGGGCACAAAAUCCAAGUCACUGGUUGGUGACAGGGUGAAACUCACAACCAGGUCUACUGGUCAGGGGAAGAGAGAUGGCAAGGAGGAAAAACUAGAUACAAAAAUCAGCCAAAAAAUUAAAAAGCUGGAUGACGAUAUAGAGAAAUUAUCACAUUUUCUUGGAAACAGCAAGGAAUUUUUGAUCCCUGAUUUUAAAGGAAGCAGUCCAGCACCUUCUAUUCCUGAGUCUUUCUUAGAGCGCAAACAAUCAACCGGCAACUUUGAGAAAGUUCUGAGUUGGUUAUCGAAUCUUCAUAUCGGCACAAAUGUGGAGAACCAGCUGACUCUCAACUUCUCUCAAACAUCAGGCUACAGAUCUAUGGUGCCAUCCGACACCUUUGACUUUGACAGAGAAGUUGAAGUUCCCGAGUGAACAAAUUAAAAGAUUACUGCAUUCUGUAGUGAAUUUAAAAAUGUAGAGAAAAAGAGUCCAACAAUACUGUGAAUUUAUGGGGUAGCAGCGCCUCUCAUGUUGGAGAACUGUUGGAGAAUUGGCUCAGGUAGCUUAAUUUGAAAAAUAAGCUACCAUUGCUUGUCCCAGCCUCAUUAGCACUGUUUGCCUUUGAGCAAACAAGGAACAGUGACUAUGGGGAAUGUGAUCGACUGUUCACCCACUGAGCUAAACCGGUGACCAGGGGGCACGUCUCUUAAAUAUGAUAUAUGUCACAAACUCAGUCUACAUCCUUGAGUAAGGUGUUCCAGAACCUGGAACCUCUAUUUAUUUCUCUUUAUUUCUGUUCUGUCCAUUCUGAUUGUAAUAACUCAAAAUGAAAAGAAAAAUAAAUAAAUAAAAAAUAAUAAAGGUUCAACAAAAUAUGACAAUCAAGUGGACAGUAUAGCAAAAGCUGCAAUUUUCUACUUGAGAAAAUAAAGCUGUUGGGCAUUUUUCUUGGUCUUCAGGUAAUAAUUCUAAUUGCAGUGCCGGUAAGGACAU